AUUGCUCCUCUGAAGAAGAUAUGAAAAUGGCCAGCAAUUUCUUCUCAUCUACCACAUUCAAUUGCACAUUAAAUUCUGUGUGCAUAUAAAUGGUUACCUCUCUCCCAUUCCUCCUCUGAAGAAGACAUGAAGAUGGCAAGCAAAUUCUUCUCAUCUACCACAUUUUCAUCAUGUCACCAUCUACUUUUCAUCUUCAUCUCCCUUCUUCUCCUGCUUCACUGUGUCACUUCUUCUGCGGCGUCUCCUUCCUCGCAACACAAAACACAAACAUCAAAAAUCACUCUUGGGGGAGAAAACCUUCCUCCCCCUUCCCCUCCAUCAUCUACGUAUAAUGCUAAAUGCGGCUGUCACUUACCGACUGUGGAUCCAGUAAUAGCACAGUCCAUUGAAGUGAUAACCAAAUUCAAGAAGGUGAUAACAAAUGACCCGAAUGGGGUGACUAAAACCUGGAGAGGAAAUGAGCUGUGCGUAAACUCUGCAAUGUACAGAGGGUUCCGUUGUUAUGUGCCUAAAGGUGGCAUGCGGCACAGAGUUGGUGGGAUUAACUUCAACGGAUUCAACCUGGAUGGGAAUCACAUGUCGUUGAACGGAUUCAUUGAUUCUUUCCAGGACCUGGCGGUCAUACAUAUCAACUCCAAUAAUUUUACAGCGGGUCAAUCUCCACUUGGGAUUUCAGCUUCGAAACUCCCCACACUUUUUGAGCUUGACCUGAGCAACAACAAGCUUGCUGGAGAGUUCCCAACAGCCGUUCUUGAAGCUAACAACUUGACAUUUUUGGAUCUCAGGUUCAACAUGUUGACAGGCCCAAUACCUCCUAAAGUCUUCACAUUAGACCUGGAUGCUUUGUUUCUCAACAACAAUGGCUUCACUGGUUCCAUCCCACAAAAUCUUGGGAGCACCCCUGCUUUCUUCCUCAGCUUAGCAAACAACAAACUCACUGGUCCAAUCCCAAAGAGCAUCGGCAGUGCUUCAAAAACUAUGACUGAAGUGUUGUUCUUGAACAAUAAGCUGUCAGGUUGUCUCCCUUACGAAAUUGGGCUGCUGAAAAAUGCAAGCAUUUUCGAUGCCAGCACUAACAUGUUGACGGGACCCCUCCCACAAUCCUUGGGGUGCCUUGGGAAAAUGGAAAUCCUCAACCUGAAAAACAAUGAACUUUAUGGGACUGUCCCAGAAUCUCUCUGCAAGCUGAAAUAUCUUGAAGAGUUGAGCUUGAGUAACAACUACUUUACACAGAUUGGACCAAAUUGCAGGCAGUUGCUGGAGAAGAAGAUUCUAGACAUAGAGAACAACUGUGUUUUAGAUCUCCCCAACCAGAGAAGUGCAACAGAGUGUAAGAUGUUCUUUAAGCAACCCAGGAAAUGCCCAGACCCCAGAUCCAUGUUGUACGCGCCAUGUGAGAUCAAUGAAGUUCCCAAAAUGGAAGAAGAGCUUUAUCAUCAUCAGCAAAAGCUCAAGAGAAGAUCCUCAAGAACUUAUAAAACCCUGGAUGCACACAGGCACCAUUGAUGAACCUGCAAGCUUAUAUGUCACAGCAAUAUCAGCAAGUGAUUAUCAAUGUAUGUUUGGUAUUUAUCUUCUUGCCUUGUCAUCCUCAUCAAGCCUGAUAGACAUAGGUAAGAACAUCAUUUCUAAUUUAGUGUCUUCUUUGUGGUUGGUUGCUUAUACACCAUUUAUUGACCUGCAAACAUAGAAAUCAAUCCAAGACUGAGUCAAAUGAACCUUCCAAUUUGAGGAAGUUUAAUUAUCCACUUCUGGCCUAAAACUAACGAGGAAGCCAAAGUUAGAUCCAAAACGCAUUAAGAAAUUUGAAGACCCAAA